AUGCACAAUCUGUCUACGGCCAUAGACCUGGAUUCCCGCUGCCCACCACCACCACGUGUGGCAGAGAAGGAGACAGCCAGGGCCCAGGUCAAAGGGGAAGUGUUCGGGGGCAGGGUGGGCGACACGCUGACCGCUCUCACUUCCCACCUGCUGGAUGCUCCCUUUAGGGCUGACUGUGGGAAACUCGAAGACAAGCUCCCGUCUCCCUGUGGGAAACCUUCUAGCAACAGGCUGGGUCUGCAGUGGACCGCAGUGGCCACCUUCCUCUAUGCGGAGGUCUUUGUUGUGUUGCUUCUCUGCAUUCCCUUCAUUUCUCCCAAAAGAUGGCAGAAGAUUUUCAAGUCCUGGCUGGUGGAGUUGGUAGUGUCCUGUGGCAACACGUUCUUUGUGGUUCUCAUUGUCAUCCUUGUGCUGCUGGUCAUCGAUGCUGUGCGUGAGAUUUGGAAGUAUGAUGAUGUAACUGAGGAGGUGAACCUCCAAUCCUGGGCCAUGGAACACUUCCACAUGAAGCUUUCCCAUGCCCAGAGGAAUCUCUACAUUGCUGGCUUUUCCUUGCUGCUGUAUUUCUUGCUUAGACACCUGGUGAUUCUCAUCUUACAGCAGGCUGGACUCCAAAGAAGCCUUUAAUAAGCAGUGAGGCAGAGUGCUAGUGAGGCAGCCAAGAAGCACAAGGAGGAGAAUGACAAGCUCAAGAAGGGAGCUGCUGGCCCGGACAGGCACGUGCAUUUAUCUCCAGGAAACUACAGCCCCCUAAAGGCUUUGCGGCAACACGCUUGCGGUGAUUACCAAAGAGAAAACGCUUUCCUCCGCGAGCCAGCCGCUGCAUAG